UGGUUGGUGCAACAGUUUAAAUCUGGAGCGGCUUUGAUAAACUCGUGCAAGCUGCAAAGUAGUUUUGAACUUUUUUGACUGCUUUGGUGCUUUUUGGGCCAUUUCAGAUGUUUCGCUCCCUUGCGGAUCGACUGGAAAGCCAAGGAAUUCGGCUGACUGGAAUGGCUGAUUUGACAACAGAGUGUUCAUCUUUUGUCGAAAAUCCAGAAACAGAUGAAAUGAGACUAAGCGAUUCCCUAGGAAUAACGGCACCAAUUAAAAGAAUGUAUUUGGACGACGAAUUGUUCCCAGAUAUCUCUCUGGUUGAACUUUCACCAGAUGAACACAGUACGGAGGAGUUAUUUCAACUUAAUACCACGCCAAUAUCGCCUCUGGCUGCAACGACACCGUUCAGAAUUCCUGGUAGGCUAAUCGAAGUCGCUCACAACAACUCUAAAUUGAUUCCCUCUCUGCUGCCAAGCAUGGAUGUAAAAGCAAAUGGUAGCCAAAGUCUCAACUCAGAUGUUAAAGCUUCGUUUUGGUUGCGUGACGAGUGCUUACCGGACAUUACUAAUUACUCAUUUGAUUCCAUGAUGCAACAAAGUAUCAAUUUUAGUAUGAACAUAACUGCUUCUGACAUGGAGAGACUUAACUGUGCACAGAAGGCGACUAUUGAAUCCAAUUUAGAACAUCUAGCGACUUGCCCUUUAACUGCAUCUCCAGUAAGCUUCCCUCAAAACAAAGGACAGGGUAUGUCAACAUCCACUGAUAAAGAUCCCACCUUGGGGUGUGGACCUCCAGAACAGAAUGGCCUACCCACAACCAGUAUGACGAGUGAUGAGAGCACGAUAACCCGGUCGAGAGAUGACGGCCGUCACAACACUUUAGAUGCGGCUCCUCUUUCUCCGGCCAAUGGAACAAUGUCCGAAAGUAAUUCUAGUGGCAGGCACCACAACAUCUUGGAAGCUAAAUCUCGUCCUCUGGCCAAUGAAACAAUCAUUUUGUCAGACAGCAGUCCCAGUGACCUUCAGCGUGACACUUCCGAUGCUAACUGUCCCGCGCCGGCUGUUGACACGGAAUCAGAAAGCGGCUCUCGUGAGCGUCACAACGUCACCUUCAACGCGAGCCUUCUCGCUCAGUCCAACAUUGCAUUAGAAAAAGGUUCCAUCAACAAUCCCCACAACACCUUCGACGCUGAUCCUGAAUGCAACCGAACAAUUCUACUGGAAAACAUCUCGAGCGACCGUCAGUACAUCACCUUCGACGCUAGCCUUCUCUCUCAGGCCAACAUCACAUCAGAAGAGGGCUUCAUCAACAAUCCCCAUAACACCUUCGAUGUGGCCAACGGAACAAUGUCCAAAAGCAGUUCUAGUGGCAGUCACCAAAACAUUUUGGAAGCUAAAUCUCACCCUCCGGCCAAUGAAACUAUCAUUUUGUCAGACAGCAGUCCCAGUGACCUUCAGCGUGACACUGCCGAUGUUAAUCAUCCCGCACCGGCUGUUGACGCGGAAUCAGAAAGCGGCUCUCGUGAGCGUCACCACCGCACCUUUGACGUUAGCCUUCUCUCUCAGUCUAACAUCACAUCAGAAAAGAAUUCCGCCAACAAUCCCCACAACACCUUCGACGCUGAUCCUAAAUCCGACCGAACGAUUCAACUGGGAAACAUCUCCAGCGACCGUAGUUUUCACACUUCAACUCCGGUGUCUUGUAAAAUGGAUUUCUUCAACGUCGGUGUUGAUCUGAGCAAAUCUUUGGUAACGGAGGAAAAACCGGAUGGGGAUACGGCCAGUAAGCCGGAAGUCCCGGAAACACCCGUCGUGGUCUCAUCCGACGUCUGCCGUCCAAAGAGAUCAAGCGAGGCAAAACGCUAA